CACAAUAUCACUCGAGAAAUACAAACUGACUAGUACGAGAGAAGAAUUACGAACAAAAUUUUGCAGCUUCAUCAUAUCCUAUCCCAAGAUAAAGAUCUUACUUACGUAGCUAAAUAAGGAAAUCAUGUCUUCACCAUAUCAAAAAAAUCAAUACCCUUAUCAUGAUCAACAGUACUCCAAUGUUCCUGGUGAAUGGUCAACUGGCCUCUGCGACUGCUUCUCCGAUGUCCCUAAUUGUUGCCUAACAUGUUGGUGCCCUUGCAUCACUUUCGGACAGAUUGCAGAAAUUGUCGACCAAGGAUCAACAUCUUGUGAAGCAAGUGGAGCACUCUACACACUUAUAAGUCUGGUAACUGGAUGUGCCUGCAUAUACUCUUGUUUCUAUCGUUCUAAGAUGAGGAAGCAUUACAAUUUACCUGAAAGCCCUUGUGGAGAUUGCCUUGUUCAUUUCUGUUGCGAGAGUUGUGCUUUGUGUCAAGAACACCGUGAGCUCAAAAAUCGCGGAUUCGACAUGUCCAUUGGUAAACAUACUUCACACAUUUUCUUUCGAUCUUCCUUGGUAUUUUCUUUCUCGAAAAGUAAAGAGCCGAGUUUUGUUAUACUGUUUUAGUUAAUGAACGAAAAAUAUCGACAAGAAUUAAUUAUUUUUGUUGACUGUUACAAAUAACUAGGAUGGCAAGGGAAUAUGGAGAACCAGGCAAGAAGAGGAGUGGCAAUGGCUCCAGUUUCUCAACAAGGAGGAAUGCAGCGUUAAACUGUUUUAAUCAAUGGAGUCGUCAAUCGUCACCAAAUUAAUAUGAAUGAGAAUAUCAAGUUAUGAAAAUAAACUGUGUUGUGUAAUUUUUCGAUGUGAUUGAUGAAAAGUUGGGAUUGGUAGUUUUUUUUUUUUAAUUAAAAUUAUUAUUUUGUCCCUUUGAUGGGCAUAUUCAUUGUGUAAUUCAUAUUAUUUCUUUUUUCGAUAUGAGGAAUGUUGUAAUUUAUUUACGAGUGAAAUUAUUAUUAUUUUUCGUUUUUUAAUAGAAGUUUAUUACCUCGCAUAAUGUAUUAUACAUAAGUACUCUCAAUUG